CUUAGAAUUAAUUUACAAUUUACUGGCAAUCACUGUAAAAAGAAUUCAACAAAAAAUCAUCUCAGUCAUUUCUCGAUCCAUUAUAAGAACUUUGCCAAUUCCUUCAUAUUUAUCCAUUUCUAGAUUUCAUCAUCUUAUUCAAUUUUGCUCAAUUUCAUCCAAUUCUAUUCAAUUACUAUAUAAGCCUUUCAAAAUCAUAAAUUAGAAAAUACAAUACAAACCAACAAGCCAAAUCCAGAAACCAAAAAGUCAAUUUACCUUCAACUUCUAUUAAUCCUUAUUAAUCUCGAUCUAUUUGAAACACUCAACCUCAAAAUGUACUCCUCUAAAUUCAAUAGUUCCACUUUAUCAGUUAUAAAAAGAUCUUCAAACUUGAAAGCUAUCAGCCAUCUCAAUCAAACUUACAGAAAUAUUUCAAUCUACAACAACUUGCUUAAAACUCUAACAAAAAACCCUACCCCAGUUUCACUUUAUAAUAAUCUUAAUAAUAAUCUUAACCAUAAAAAUCAAUUUAUUCGUUUUAAUUCAACAGCUAAUGAUCCAAAUCAAAAAUCCUCUUCCUCCUCUCUACCUGCUAAAACUACCACUAAAUCUAGUGAAAAAUCAAUUGAAAAAGUAAACCCAGAAAAGAAAAAAACAACAAUUUGGCAAAAGAUUAAACAUGAAGCUAAUCAUUAUUGGGAUGGUACCAAAUUACUAGGUUUAGAAAUCAAAAUCUCUUCAAAAUUAUUAAUCAAGUCCUUAGCCGGUUAUGAAUUAAAUAGAAGGGAAAUGAAACAACUAUCAAGAACAACUAAUGAUCUCAUUAGAGUAGUUCCCUUUAUGAUGUUCAUCAUAAUACCCUUUGCUGAAUUACUAUUGCCUGUUGCUUUGAAACUAUUCCCAAAUAUGCUACCUUCAACCUACGAAAGCAAAAAUGAUAAAGAGAAAAAAGUUAAAAACUUGAGAAAAACUAGAACUAUAGUAGCUGAUUUAAUCAAAACUUCAGUAACUGAAAAGGGUUUGAAAACUCUACCUAAUUUAUCUAACACUGAAACAAGAAAAAAUUUCAUUGAUUUCUUUAAUAACUUAAAAUCAACCUCUGUUCAACCAACGAGAGAACAAUUAGUCUUGGUUGCUAAAUCCUUCAAAGAUGAUAUCGUUUUGGAUAAUUUGUCAAGAUCCCAAUUAGUAGCGAUGUCAAAAUAUAUCAACUUACAGCCUUAUGGUCCCGAUCAAAUGUUAAGAUACAGAAUUAGAUAUAAAAUGUUACAGAUCAAAAAAGAUGAUAGAUCUAUUGAUUACGAAGGUAUUGACUCUUUAUCUGUGCCUGAAUUGCAAUCUGCUUGUUCUUCAAGAGGUAUAAAAAUCUAUGGUGUCUCUCCCGGUAAAUUAAAAGAUGACUUGCAAAUCUGGUUGACGAUGAGAUUGAGAGAAAAGAUUCCUUCAACUUUAUUGCUAUUAGCCUCUGCUUACACCUAUGGCGAUAUCAACUCAACAGAAACUCUUUAUGAUGCUCUUAAAGCUGUCCUAAGCUCAAUUCCAGAUGAAUUAAUCAAUGAAGCUGCCUUGAGUAUUGAACCUCAAAAUGUUCCAAGUAAAGACAAGAUAAAGGUUAUUAAAGAACAAGAAGACUUGAUUAAAACUGAAAUACAACAAGAAAAAGAUAGUGGUUUAAUCAUCCCAGUUAAGGAUGACUUGAAUUUAGAUGAUAUCGAUCCAAAAGUUAAAUCACAGCCAGCUCAAAAUCAAGAAACUGAUAAUGUCCAAAAUGUUUCAAACUCCUCUGACUCAAAAGCAAAUGAUUCCUCUUCAACAGAUUUCAAUGUAGACGUUAACAAAUCCAAUAAAAUCGACGAAACUAAUCAAACAAAAAUUAGUGAAAAAAAAUAAUCUUAUACAUAAAUUAUAUUCCAUUUGUUAUCUCAUUAUAUUAUUAUUAUACUAUUAAUAUAUCCCACAUAUUAAUAUAUAAUAUAAAAUCAAUUUAUUUGCAUUAAAUUAAUUGUCACUGGUUAUCAUUUUUUUUUUCCU